AUGAUAAAAUCAUCUGCCAAUCAGAGUGUGGCCUGUGAUUCUGGCUUGAACCAGACGGCAGCGGUGACGGCCCAGGGUCCUCCGGUGUUAGUCGACGCCUGGCUCGUCCCCUCCUUCUUCGGCCUGAUCAUGCUGGUGGGUGUGGUGGGGAACGCGCUGGUCAUCCACGUGGUGACCAAGCACCAGCAGAUGAAGACCGUCACCAACUUUUACAUCGUAAACUUGGCCACCACUGACAUCCUGUUCCUGCUGUGCUGUGUGCCUUUCACCGCCACGCUGUACCCUCUGCCCAGCUGGAUAUUUGGAGAGUUCAUGUGCAGACUCGUCAACUACCUUCAGCAGGUGACAGCCCAGGCGACAUGCAUCACUCUGUCUGCCAUGAGCGUAGACCGCUGCUACGUGACCGUCUAUCCUCUACAGUCUCUGAGACACCGUACUCCACGCAUGGCCCUGACCGUCUCUGUGUCCAUCUGGAUCGGCUCUUUGCUGCUGUCCAUCCCAGUGGCGGUGUACCAGCGUCUGGAGGCCGGAUACUGGUUCGGUCCUCAGACCUACUGCAGCGAGGUCUUCCCCUCCGCCCGCCUCCAGAGAGCCUACAUCAUCUACAGCUUCCUGGCCGUGUACCUGCUGCCCCUGCUCACCAUCAGCGCCUGCUACGCCUUCAUGCUAAAGCGCGUGAGCCGGCCCAGCGUGCAUCCAGUCGACAGCAGCUAUCAGCUGGAAGCUCAGGCACAGCGUUCGGCCGCCGUGAGGGCCAGAGUCUCCAGGAUGGUGGUGGUGGUGGUGGCACUGUUCCUCAUCUGCUGGGGCCCCAUCCAGGUCUGCAUCCUCCUGCAGGCCUUUGGCCUCCGCAGUUACAUUCUUUACAAACUGAAGAUUUGGGGUCACUGCAUGUCAUACUCCAACUCCUCCAUCAACCCGCUGGUUUACGCUUUCAUGGGCAACAACUUUAGAAAGGCUUUCAAGCACGUUUUCCCCGCUGUGUUCAUGUGGCAGUCCCGGAGGAGGGUCCGAGUCGGGACCAUGGAGGCAGAGGAGGGAGGGGGGGUGGAUCCCCAGGCACCCAAAGGACAAGCAGAGAUGCACUUUCUUUCAUCUGGGUCCUAAAGGCCACACUGGGCAUUUGGACACUGGGUGCUCAUUCUUUAUUUAUAGCUUGUUGUGCAGAUGAGGACAGUCUGGUACAUGUGU